AUGGGCGAAGCUGCUAAUGUGCCUGCGCCUGUGCCCGACGCGGAUGUCGAGGGGAGGCCGCCGUUUUCGACGCUCGAGCUCUCGGAGCCGACGCUCAAGGCGCUCGAGGAGAUGGGCUUCAAGACGAUGACCCCCGUGCAAUCAAAAACGAUACCGGCCCUGCUUGCCGGCAAGGACGUCCUGGGCGCCGCACGCACCGGAUCUGGCAAGACCCUCGCUUUCCUGAUACCUGCCGUCGAGCUCCUUCACAGAUUGAAAUUCAAACCACGGAACGGUACCGGCAUCAUCAUCAUCUCGCCCACGCGAGAACUCGCACUGCAGAUUUUCGGAGUCGCAAAAGAGCUCAUGGCUCACCACUCGCAGACGUUCGGUAUCAUCAUGGGCGGCGCAAAUAGGAGAGCAGAGGCAGAGAAGCUUCAGAAGGGCGUCAAUCUCUUGGUCGCGACACCCGGACGGUUAUGGGAUCAUCUUCAGGACACGAAGGGCUUUGUCUACCGCAAUCUCAAGGCUCUGGUGAUCGACGAGGCGGAUCGCAUCUUGGAAGUCGGGUUCGAAGAGCAGAUGAAGAAGAUCAUCGCUUUGUUGCCUAAAGAGGAGCGCCAGUCGAUGCUAUUUUCGGCAACACAAACAACCAAGGUUCAAGACCUGGCGCGGAUAUCUCUCCGACCUGGGCCUUUACUUAUCGACGUCCACGGCACCGAGAACACGAGUACGGUGUCGACAUUGUCGCAGGGUUACGUCGUCUGCCCUUCAGACCGACGCUUCCUUCUUCUCUUCACAUUCUUGAAGAAGAACCUGAAGAAAAAAGUCGUCGUGUUCUUCUCGAGUUGUAACUCCGUGAAAUACCACGGCGAACUCUUGAACUAUAUCGACGUCCCAGUAUUGGAUCUACAUGGCAAGCAAAAACAACAAAAACGCACAAAUACGUUUUUCGAGUUCUGUAACGCCGAAUCCGGUAUCUUACUAUGCACGGAUGUCGCUGCUCGUGGCCUCGAUAUCCCACGAGUGGACUGGAUUGUGCAGUUCGACCCGCCAGAUGAUCCGCGAGACUACAUCCACCGUGUCGGUCGCACAGCCCGCGCAGGGAAGGUCGGGAAGAGCUUGCUGUUUUUGCUUGAGAGCGAGCUUGGCUUCUUGCGGUACCUGAAGGAGGCGAGGGUGCCGCUUAAUGAGUACACCUUCCCGACUGACCGUGUAGCGAACGUGCAAUCUCAGCUUGAGAAGCUGUUGCAAAAGAACUACUUCUUGCAUCAGUCGGCCAAGGACGGCUUCCGCUCAUACCUCCAAGCCUACGCAUCUUACUCGCUCAAGAAGAUAUUUGAUGUCAACCAACUUGACCUCGCCAAGGUCGGCAAGGCGUUUGGCUUCGCCGUCCCUCCGAGGGUGAAUGUCGCGCUGGGUGGCAAAGCUGCAAAGACGGGCGGCAAGCGAGCACGGGGCGAAGAGCAAUCGGACGAGGACGUCGAUGGCGUCGACGGACCCGAUGCCGAGGGACCCAGGCACAAAACUGCGCGGAGAGAGAAGGAUAAGCGGAUAGAGACAAUGGGCAAGAGGAGAGUCGACAAGGAGGUGUACAAGAAGGGCGGUAUGCAGAAGAACUGGAGUCGAUAG